AAUCAAAAAUCAAAAAGUCAUCGUCAUCCCGUCGCCUCCCUCCUCUCACCUUCUCCCUCCCUCUCAACCAAUUCAUCACUUUUUCUACUUCCCACAAUUCUAUGGCAUCAGAAAAUCCUUUAGAUUUUUAAUGAAUUUCGAGGAUACAGAAAACCCACCAAAAUCAGAGUCCCCAAUUACAAACCCUAGAUUGAAUGGAUAUGAAAUUUGAAUUGGGGUAAUCAUUCUCAGUUUUUAUCUGUGGAAUUUUGCCGAUCUGGUGCAGUUGUUUUGCUGGUGUUUCUUAUGAAGAUGUUGUGUAUUUUUACUGUCUCUAUCGUGUUCAAUUGCCUUUUGCAACCAUUCAUUUGAUGGAAGAUGACCUUGCUGAUGGAUAACGCCAAAGAAAAUCCUUCUAGAGAGCGUGUUCAACAACUUUUCAACAAGAAUGUUGAGUUGGAGAACAAGCGAAGAAAAGCAGCACAGGCCAGAAUCCCUUCAGAUCCUAACACAUGGCAGAAUAUGCGUGAAAAUUAUGAAGCAAUUCUCCUUGAAGACCAUGCUUUUUCUGAACAACAUGAUAUAGAAUAUGCUCUAUGGCAAUUGCAUUAUAGGAGGAUUGAGGAGCUAAGGGCCCUCUUUGCUGCAGCGGCUUCGGCAGGAUCACCUGCACCCCAAAAUGGUAAAGGGACACUUCGUGCGCUACCUGAUCGACUUACAAAGAUCCGUACUCAGUUUAAGACAUUCCUCUCUGAGGCUACUGGAUUUUAUCAUGAUUUGAUGUUGAAGAUAAGAUCUAAGUAUGGACUCCCAUUGGGAUAUUCUUCUGAUGAUCCAGAAAAUCAGAUCCCAGUGUCAAAAGAUGGAAAUAAAUCUCCAGAGGGGAAAAAAGGUUUGAUGACAUGUCAUCGUUGUCUGAUCUAUUUGGGUGAUCUUGCUCGUUACAAAAGCCUAUAUGGAGAAGGGGAUUCUAAAGCCCGGGAUUUUGCAGCUGCAUCAAGCUAUUAUUCGCAAGCUUCCUCAAUAUGGCCUUCAAGUGGUAAUCCACAUCAUCAGCUUGCCAUACUGGCUGGAUAUUCAAAUGAUGAACUGCUGUCGAUAUAUCGCUAUUUUCGAAGUCUAGCAGUGGAUAUCCCAUUUGUAACUGCAAGAGACAACUUAAUCAUUGCGUUUGAGAAGAAUCGUCAGAAUUACUCCCAGAUACUUGGUGAUGGUAAAGCUCCUUCUGUGAAGAUGUCGCCUGCAAGGUUGCCUGGAAAGGGAAAAGGCAAAGGGGAGCCAAGGCCUGCCUUGAAGGAAAAUAAGCCAGUAGCUAGUGCAAUGAAGGAAAGAGCUCCAAAUAAGUCUGAACUCUUCAAAGCUUUUAUUACAAAGUUUGUUAGGUUGAACGGCAUUCUCUUCACGCGCACAAGCCUUGAAAUCUUUCCUGAAGCGUUCUCUAUGGUUAAAAGUGAUUUAUUGGAACUUCUUUCCAGUGGGGCUGAUGACGAGCUCAACUUUGGUUCAGAUGCAGCUGAGUGUAGGCUUGCAAUCAUUAGAAUGAUUGCGGUCCUAAUAUUCACUGUACAUAAUGUGAGCAGGGAAGGUGAAAACCAAUCCUAUGCUGACAUUCUACAACGCAAUGUCCUGCUUCAAAAUGCUUUUACUGCUGCAUUUGAAUUUGUGGGCAGCAUUCUUGAGCGGUGCAACCAUUUAACUGAUCCCUCAUUAAGCUAUUUUCUACCUGGGAUUAUGGUGUUUGUAGAAUGGUUGGCGUGUCGUCAGGAUUUUGCUGUUGGCAGUGAAUUGGAGGAGAAACAAGUUAAAGCAAGAUCUUUUUUCUGGAAUAAAUGCAUCAUAUUUCUGAAUAAGCUCUUGUCUAGUGGCCUCGUGUCGAUUAAUGAAGAUGAAGAUGAGACAUGUUUCUCAAAUAUGAGCAAGUAUGAUGAAAGUGAAACUGCUAAUCGCCUUGCAUUACCUGAAGAUUUUGAGUUGAGAGGAUUUCAUCCUCUGCUUCCUGCUCAACUCAUCCUUGAUUUUUCAAGGAAGCACUUAUUUGGAGGUGAUGGAGGCAGCAAAGAGAGGAUUGCACGUGUAAAGAGGAUUAUAGCAGCUGGAAAGGCUCUUGCUAAUGUUGUUCGAGUUGGCCCUGAUGGAGUAUAUUUCGACGAUCAGAUGAAAAAGUUUGUCUUUGGUGUUGAACCUCAGAUUUCUGAUGAUCUUUCGCUUCCCAGUCAUUUGGAACCUAAUGUGAAUGUUAACUCGCUAGAUAUUUCAUCGAAAGGGCGAAUGGCUCUGGCUGCUCUGCCAAAGAUAGUGGUGGGUGCGGAAGCGGAUGAUGAAGAUGACGAGGUGAUUGUAUUUAAGCCUCCAACUACUGAAAGGCAUAUGGAUGAGUUCUCUCUGAAAUUGACUUCUCCGGGGAUUUCUGCUUCUGUCGGUGAGGCUAGCAAGGUUGAUUUUGGGAAUGAAAAGGGAUCUCCCUCUGCUGUGCAAGAUGGGUUCCUCUUAAAGAGUGCGGUGUCUGCAGGCAUGAAAUCUUCUGCACCUGGAUUUAACACUGUUGCUAAUGGAACUACUCAGUAUCCGCAACCCAUCCAACCCAGCACAUCGAUGUGGUCAGCAAAUCAGUUGCCUAUUGCAAAUGGUUUUUCCCAGAUGAACUUGAUGGAAAAUGGAGUGAAAUCUGAUCUGCAAGAUAAGUUUGGACUUUAUCAGCAUGCAUCUGUUUCCUUGCCUUACCCCCAAUUUAUCCAUGCUGGUCCUAGCCAUAACUAUCCUGUUAUGAAUCCACAAGCUAGUGUGCCAUCUAAGUUUGACUCUAUCAUAACUUCUGGUUCAUUCGUUGAUGGCCUGAGCGCCAAACCAUCAUUGGUCAUGCCGCCUGGCUCAAAAAAGAAUCCAGUGAGUCGACCUGUUAGACACAUCGGUCCACCACCUGGUUUUGGCUCUCUUCCUUCCAAGGUUGUGGAUGAAGCAUUCAACAGCAUGCCCCAGAAUGAAACUUCAAUUCCUCAAACAGAUGAUUACAGCUGGCUUGAUGGCUAUCAGCUGUCUUCAUCCAACCAAGGUGUUGGGUUCAGCAAUUCUGGGAAUCAUAUCGUCCCUGCAUUCCCUUCUGUGAGCAAUAUUAAUGGCUUAAUGGGAACUGCUAAUUUCCCUUUCCCUGGGAAGCAGGUACCAAUACAAGUCCAGAGUAAUAAUCAGAAAGGCUGGCAGGACAAUCCCUUUUCAGAACAUAUGCUGCACUAUGAGGAGCAGCAGAAAGAAUUUCAGAAAGGGAACCAACAACUUGGCUUGCCACAGCAGCAGUAUCAAGGACAGUCACUUUGGGAAAGUCGUUUCUUUGUGUGAGAUGAUUAAGGAAGCAUAGAUGGCAAAGCAUCAAAUGUUCUUGGGUGCUACAUUUCGUCCGUCAAUGUUUGGAAAUGGGCAAUGUUAUUAAGUUUUAAGGGAACAUUGUUGGUCUGGAGCGUUGCAGGCACCUGCUUUGCAAGAGCUUGUGUCGAGUUUGGCAGAUGGUUUGAAUGGAGCUUAUAAUUCAGUGAGUAAUGCGCGUGGAAAUCUUAUAAGCUUGAAUGCAUUCUCUGGUCGGAUCAGUUGGAUAAGCCUUCAGGGAUAUUUGGAUUGUGGUGGAUGGCCUGGAUGGGAAUUUGUAGAAGUUCUAGCAAAUCCUUUUACCUUUGUGGCUGGUGAAGUUCUUUCAUCUGAAGCAUUCCGUGUGUCGUCUGCCAUGAUGAAAGUUUGAAAAGCUUAAAGUUUAUAAUAUUAGUCUUUGGAGUCGUCAGUAUGUCAACAAAUGCUCUGAAGUGGAAUUUGACGAUUCGUAGAGAUUUUUCUUUCAUAAUUGAAGUUUUUCCUGGUUGAUAGUUUAAAUAAGAAUGCGCUGAUAAACGCAAUAAGGUAUUUCAACCUGUGUGGUUGAUGGUUUUAUUACAGAAUCAAGACCUAAUAUUCUUAGGUGAUUGUUUUUUCUGUCAUUGUCAAGUACAUUGUGAUGUUACUAAUUAGAUGUCUGUUUAUGUCA